AUGGGGGAGUGGGCGUUCCUCGGCUCGCUGCUGGACGCCGUGCAGCUGCAGUCGCCGCUCGUGGGCCGCCUGUGGCUGGUGGUCAUGCUGAUCUUCCGCAUCCUGGUGCUGGCCACGGUGGGCGGCGCCGUGUUCGAGGACGAGCAGGAGGAGUUCGUGUGCAACACGCUACAGCCGGGCUGUCGCCAGACCUGCUACGACCGCGCCUUCCCCGUCUCCCACUACCGCUUCUGGCUCUUCCACAUCCUGCUGCUGUCGGCGCCCCCGGUGCUCUUCGUCAUCUACUCUGUGCACCGGGCCAGCAAGGAGCCGGGCGGCGCGGCUGGCGGGGCGGGGUCGCUGGGGACCCCGGGGCGCCCGGGGGGCCGCGGCGCGCGCCGCUGCUACCUGCUGAGCGUGGCGCUGCGCCUGCUGGCCGAGCUGGCCUUCCUGGCGGGCCAGGCGCUGCUCUACGGCUUCCGCGUGGCCCCGCACUUCGUGUGCGCCGGUGCCCCGUGCCCACACACGGUGGACUGCUUCGUGAGCCGGCCCACCGAGAAGACCGUCUUCGUGAUCUUCUACUUCGCCGUGGGGCUGCUCUCGGCGCUGCUCAGCGUGGCCGAGCUGGGCCACCUGCUCUGGAAGGGCCGCCCGCGCGCCGGCCACUGUCGCCAGGCGGCCGAGCGCGACAACCGCUGCAACCGCGCGCACGAGGAGGCGCAGCAGCUGCUCCCACCGCCGCCGCCCGCCCUGCCCGCCAGGCGCCUGGGCCCCGACCCCUACGCCCCGCCCUCCUAUGCUCACCGGGCGCCGGCCUGCGACAGCGAGGGUGGCAGCGGCCGCAGCAAAGCAUCGCUGGCCACCGUCCGCCAGGACCUGGCCAUCUAG